AUGUCUCCCGAGACUCCGACCUCAACCUCCUCUCGUACAGGAUCUAUCUCUCCGAUGCCUCGCUAUUUCUUGCACAAGGAGUCAGAUCAGACUUCCGACAUGGAUGACCUCGACGUCAGCAACGCCCAAGGUCAACCUACAACUUCUUCCCAGAAGCGUCCAUGUUUCGAGUCACAGGCUAGCAAGUCGAACGGCGCCAGAAAAAAAUUCAAGAUCCACUCCGGAUGCAAAUCGAUCCAGACCAUCACUGACAACGGAAUCGAGCCCGCAAACGACAUGGACAGCGACUUCAGCAUGCCUCCCGAAGCUCCGCCCUCAGGCUCCGCCCGCACAAGAACUACUUCUCCAUCAACUCGCACUGUCACUCUCCAGAAGCCAGGUCCGACCCCAAGCAUAGAUGACUCUGAGUCCGACACCGAGAUAGUCCCACGUCCUCGCAAGCGUACUCGUAAACUUCCCAAGCCUCAGAUCAAAAAGCGAACUUCAAUCCAAAGGAACAGUGGGGCCGAGUCCGACUUUUGGUCUGAUGAUGCCUUCGCCCAAUUUGCGAGUCUAAAUCUCAACAGUGACUAUGCCGACAAAGACUCCAAGGAAAACCUCGACACAAAAUCCUACGCCGAACUCAAGAAGAUGUUCACCAAGCCUGAGCUCAGAACCCUCUAUGGUGACGAUCUACUCCCUGCAACCUGGAAAGCCAACUUCAAGCGCAUGACCCUCGACCUUCUUCACGUCAUUGACCGCGACCUGGUUCCUGAGAAGUUUCGCUUCUUGAUUGAUGAGGUUGUUGAGGUCAAGACCUACGAAAGAGAUCUUGCUGCUCUUGACGCCGUGGAUGAUCACAUGUCAGAGCUCUGGAGCGCCAAGUGGGACCAACUCUACAAUAACUUCAAGGACAAGUCUUUCGCGGAGUUGAGAGUUUUGUUCAACCAUCCCACUACCAGAAACCAGAAUCUCACGUACAAGCGUGCGCUGAGAGACGCGACUUGGAUUGCCAAACUGAGGGAAGCUACCUUCAACCAACUGUGGAACAUGAAUCGAGAUGACAUCCCCAGCUCAUGCAGGUAUAUCUUCAACAGGCAGUUCAGGCUCAAAGACCCUGCUUUUGACGUGAGUGAGGUUGACCUGAGCGAUGAUGAUCUGAGUAAUAUCGUCCUGGGCGACUUCGAUCUGGAUGACUUCGACAUUGAACUUGAAUCAGCACGCCUACAGUAA